UGUGGACGGCUGAUAUGUAGCCGCUUGCGCUCAAAUCUUCCUCUCUCUCUCGCCUUUCUUCCCGUUACCUCGAAUUGCACAAAUAUUCACUUUGAAUUACUUUACAAACCCGGGGACAGACAGCGAUGAACUGUGGAAGCGACCGAAAGCAUUUGACUUGGAAGCUUUGAGCGUUUCCAGCGAUGGACAAGCAGAAAGUGCUGGCCCGGCUGGUGUCGGACCUCCAGGCGUUCCUGCUGGUCCUGGACAGUGAAAAUCUCAGCUAUAUUGCUCAGGCCCAGAAGAAAUCCAUCUCAGAGCUGCUCUGUAAGCUGCAGGACAACAAGGACACACCAGCUGAAGAUGCGGAGUACAUGAUUAUGAACUGUCCCUCCGGGAGCCCCGGUGAUCUCAGGGAAAGCACCACUGCUGAAGCGGAUUUGACAGAAGAAGCUCUUUCGGCCUCCUCUACUGAAUGGCUGCAACCUGCCUCCGUUGGUCCUGCUGUUCCCUCACACCCUCCGUGUUUAGAGGACGAGGACUGUUAUGAAGAGGCGGAGCCAUUUGUGCCGGAAAGACAGUCUACAGAUAAAGUAGACUCGGACAGCAGUCACUACGAGUCGUAUGGUGAGGAGGACGAUGAAGAGUUUGUGAAGGACAGAGCUCACUACAUCCACUGGAGCUCCUCUCAACCCUGCUUAAGACCCGUGCCAGAGUCACGCAUCUGUGGAUACCUCUGGAGGAAGAAGUGGCUGGGCCAGUGGACCCGACAGCUCUUUAUUAUUAAGCACAACUCACUUUUGUGUUUUAAAUGUGCUAAAGACCUUCAUCCACUGAUGGAGCUCAACCUGACGGGUUGCUACGUGGUCUACAAAUCCAAGCAUAGUAAAAAGAUGCAGUAUGAGCUGAAAGUGGUGGCCGGUGUAGACACGCUCAUCAUGGGCUUCCAGAGCAGCACACAAGCCGAGGAGUGGAGGAAGAUUAUAGAAGAAGUGAGCGGUUCCUCUUAUUACGAGCCUGAAUCUCAAAGCUCUUCAUUCACACUAAAGAGUGAAAGGCUGGACUCUUGCAGGUCAAGUUCAGUGCUCCAUACGGAUUCAGAUGAAGAAAAAAUCUCCAGUCUCCCCUCUGCAGCAAACAUUGUGGAGAGCAAAGACAAAAACACAGCAGGUUUUAUGAACGUGCUGAUGAACUGUCAGUGGCAGAGUCUCUGGUGCCGGGUGGAGGAAGGGGUGCUGAAGAUGUGUCGGGACGAGGAGUCAGAAGAGACCCCUCAGUACACGGUUCAGCUCAGAGGGAGCGAGGUCCAACCCGGGCCGGAUACAGCACAUGCUUACCGCAUGACCAUCAUGCAUCAUGGAGACCAGGUGGCUGUACUGGAGGCCAGUUGUGCGGAUGAUAAAGAACAGUGGGUUCAGCUCCUGCAGGAUGGGAGUUCCACUGCAGAUGGCCCUCCAUAUCAACACACCAGCCACGAAUCACUGAGUGGUCUGAAAAGCCGCAGGUUCCCCACCUCAAACAUGUACAUGGACGACCCCUUUCAGCAGCUCUGUGGUGGAGUUCAACCUCAGCCCAUCUAUUCAAACACAUCUAUACUAGAGCACAUGUUUCAGAAACCUUACGGCGGGGGAAACGGAGAAUUGUUGUCAUCCAAGAUUUCUGCCAACUACAGCAAUAAUGAAAUCUUCAGCAACCACAAUACGAAAAAGUUUGAGAUCGAGAGGGGUGUGCAGAUGUUGGACCUGACAGGAAAGAGGCGCGUGCAGUUGCGUGCAGGGUCAGAGGUCAACCUGGUGAGCGUUGGCGCAAAGCCGGCCAAACAGAGUUCCUUCAGGCGGUCCCUCGCUUUCUGCACUGAACGAGCACAGGGUGGGUUCUUCACACCGCUUCUGAGAAGAACUGCGUCAGCAAAAAACACCCUAAAGAAAGCUCCAUCUGCCCUGUUCAUUGAGCACGGCAGGGUCCUGCAAAGGAGGAAGGAGUGGGAAACCAAAGCUUCAGGUUGAAGAGAUUUCUCUCACGCGUUCUUCUCACAUUGUCAGUAUGUUAUUGCACUGAAAAGAAUAUUAUUUCCAAGCAUGUGGAUCAUGCAGUGAUUUGUCUUUUGUUUUCGGGAACUUGGUGCUGUUAAUUACUGAAAUUCACAUACAAAUAUACAAACUUCAAAUAAGACCAGUGCAAAAUUGUUAUGCUGGGUUCACACCAAAAGCGAAUUAAGCGGUUUGCGCGAGUAAAUUACAUACAAAGUCAAUGCAAAGACUUGAAUAGAGGCGAACUUGUGGCAGGCGAUGCGAAUGACGCGAAUCGGACGGCGCAAUUGCCACGAACGUGCGUCAAUCUUGUCUUCCGCGCAAGUUGAAAAUAUUUGUCAGCUCGCGUCACUCACACGAAAAUAACAAACUUUUCCCGCGAGUAAAUAAGGAUGUGUGUAACGCGAUUGUUCGCGUUUGGUGUGCACCCAGCAUUACGGAACAAUUUUACCAACAUUUGAUCAUUUCUGGUAAUUUUAUGUUGACAUGAUGCUGAUGUACAUUUCUUUAGAAAUAUAACUCUUACGUUCAUGUUUCAGGUAUUGAAUGACUUUGUCUAAAAAUGGCACAUUUAAAUAAAAUAGUUUUAUGUUUAACAAAGUCUGAUGUCAAAGCACAGUAUUUAUCCUUAUGUAAAUCAACACUCCUGUGACUUUGCACUGUUUUUGACCUGAGUUGAGUUUGCAGUGUUCAGAAAGACAUUGUCAGUGUCAAAAUCAGGACUCAUUGUGAAGAUCAGACAGGAUGUGUUUUUAGUUAAUUGAAACAUUAUUGAAAAGUAAUACCUCUUUUUUUGUUUUCACAAAUCUGUGGUAAUUUUUACUUUAUUCCAAUGCACAUGCAGUAUUUUAUGUUUUUUUGUUUUUAUAUUUUCUAAUAAUGUGCCUUAACCAUGUUUUUAUUUAUGUUUUUAUGCUCUAAAAUGUAUCAUUGAUUUGUCAAUACAGCUGAAGAGAUAUUUUUGCUGAUAUUGAUCCCACUUUAGGGGGAGUGUUCUGUAUAGUUUGGUUAAGACAGGAUGGCUUAGUAAUAUUGCUGUACAAAAAAUAUAUAUCUGGUAAACAAACACCAUUGGCAGACAUAUUACAGUUGCAUUUUGUUUAAAUAAAGCUA